AUGUCUGGAAUCCUGGGGAAAAUGCGGAAGUUGGGGAGCUCCGACCUGGAGGAUUCGGAAUCGAUGGACGACCACUUGGAAGGCGAGGAGUCGGGCGCAGGCACGCCUGGCUGCAACAGGUCGACCAAGCACAGCAUCUUCCCCAAGCGGGCGCGGUUCGGGAUUGGGGACGGAGACAAGGACACGGCUCCCAUGGAUUCUUUCUACCAGAUGGACCACAUGGUGUCCAGUCCCAUCCUGAAGUUCAGCCUCAGCUUGGAGCGAGGGAGGUGUGGCAACCACUCUCCAAAGUGAGUGGGUCCCGGGGGGGGGGCUUUGAGAUACGCUUGGGGGUCUAAGAUGCUCUGCCCUUAACCCCCCCUCUGUAGAAAAAUGAGGGAGGGAGAAGAACUCCAAUUCGGUUCGGAUUUCAAAACGAAGUUACAUCAUUCGCACUUUCCAAAAUACAGUGGUACCUCGGGUUACAGACACUUCAGGUUACAGACGCUUCAGGUUACAGACUCCGCUAACCCAGAAAUAGUACCUCGGGUUAAGAACUUUGCUUCAGGAUGAGAACAGAAAGCGUGCUGUGGCGGGAGGCCCCAUUAGCUAAAGUGGUGCUUCAGGUUAAGAACAGUUUCAGGUUAAGAACGGACCUCCGGAACGAAUUAAGUUCUUAACCUGAGGUACCACUGUACCUCGGGUUACAGACACUUCAGGUUACAGACUCUGCUAACCCAGAAAUAGUACCUCAGGUUAAGUACUUUGCUUCAGGAUGAGAACAGAAAUCGCGCAGUGGUGGCGCAGCGGCAGCAGGAGGCCCCAUUAGCUAAAGUUGUGCUUCAGGUUAAGAACAGUUUCAGGUUAAGAACGGACCUCCAGAACAAAUUAAGUUCUUAACCCGAGGUACCACUGUAACAUGUGAAUUGAAGUGUACCAGCCGAGGAAGGGAGACCAGGAAGGUGGUGUUUGUUCCUGGCUGUCAGGGUUCGAUCUGAUCUGUUUUAUCACAGCUCUAUGCUGCUUUUCAUUUGAAGGAAUCCCAAAGCAGCUUGCAAACAAGCCUCGGUUGUCGAACGUAAUCCAUACCAGAAGACCGUUCAGCUUCCAAAACGUUCAACAACCAAGCCACGGCUUCCGAUUGGUUGCAAGAGCUUCUUGCACUUGGGUAGAAGCUGAGUCAGACGUUCGAGUUCCGAGGAACGUUCAGAAACUGGAGCAUUUACGGUACUUUGGGGUUUUCAGCGUUCAGGGGCCAAAACGUUCGAAAACGGAGCCGUUCGAGAGCCGAGGUUUGACUGUAGCAUGAUAGAACAGAACACAGCAUAAAUCACAUCAAACGAUUAACAAAUCAUCUGUGAAACAGAUAUGAUACAAAACGAUGUUAGCAACUUAAAAAACUAUAUGAUUGACAAAUCAGCAUUUAGAAAGCAACAUUGCCAACAGAACAGCAGCCAAAAAAUAAACUAAGCCCUCUCAACUAUGCAUGUCAGGCUGUAGAUCUUCAUGCUCUCAAUGCCUCUUUAACUGGCCCUCAAAGGGUUGCCAUGUUUCAAAAAGUGAAAAUCCGGACACAAAAGUUGUUGAGCUUCCCCCCUGCCCCCACACAUAGAGAGAGAGAGGUGUGAGUGUGUGUCUAGAAACCAGCCCACCAGACAAAGGUAAAAUUGGCAUCAUGUGUUGCUCUGCCCACCAAAGGCAUGUGGCCCCUGAGAGGUUACCCAGAAGUGAAUGUGGCCCUCAAGCUGACAUGGUGGUACAUGUGGGGGGGGGAGCGAUAUAUUUGAGGGCUGAGCCAUUGCUCUCCAGGAGGAGCCAGUAACCCACAGUCCUCCUUCCUCGUGGCAGACUUCUUCAUCGCGGGGCCCGCCGAGGAGCCUCCAUGGGCGUGCGCCCCGAGAAAUCGUUCAGGAUCUACGACCGAAGGAGGCUCUUUGACGCGGUGGCCCAGGGGGAUCCGAGCGAGCUGGACGACCUGCUCACCUACCUCCUGGAGACCCUGAAAAACCUGACGGAUGAGGAGUUCAAAGGUAAGCGGGGGUUGUGUGCCAUUGCUCUCUUCUGGGGUUUGGGACGCGAAAGCCAUUUCUAGAGCAUGGAGGAUAUUUCCUUGGAAGGCAGCGAGUAAGACUUAGAGCAAUGAGUGGGUGAGUGGGGGGAAGCUUUGCUGGCCUGAGGGCCACAUUUCCUCCCAAGCAAGCUUCCAGGGGCCACAGACCACACACACACCACCACCACCCAUCUAGACAAGCAUGAGGGAUUGUCACAAAUUUCCAGCUAAGGAAAGACACUCAAGGAAGGGGUGGAGCAGAGUCAAUGAGGGGUGUGGCCUGAGCAGAGACCUGAGGGCCAGGUAGAGAUGUAUGGAUGUAUGGAGGGCCACAUUUGGGACUCAGGUUCCCAGCUUCGGAUUUACAGGCCUGGUUGACAGCUAUAGGUAAAGGUAAAGGUACCCCUGCCCGUACGGGCCAGUCGUGUCCGACUCUAGGGUUGUGCGCCCAUCUCACUUAAGAGGCCGGGGGCCAGCGCUGUCCGCAGACACUUCCGGGUCACGUGGCCAGCAUGACGAAGCUGCUCUGGCGAGCCAGCACCAGCGCAGCACACGGAAAUGCCGUUUACCUUCCCGCUAGAAAGCGGUACCUAUUUAUCUACUUGCACUUGGGGGUGCUUUCGAACUGCUAGGUGGGCAGGAGCUGGGACCAAAAGACGGGAGCUCACCCUGCUGCGGGGAUUCGAACCGCCGACCAUGCAAUCGGCAAGUCCUAGGCACUGAGGUUUUACCCACAGCGCCACCCGCUGUGGGUUGACAGCUACAUUUUCUAUCUAUUUUUUGCCUGGGCCUCUGCUGCCCAGUACGGAUUCCAGGAUUUACACAUAUACACACUAAGGGGAAAUCUUGGGCCUGGCAUCCUCAGUGACCCCUUGAAUGGGGAAGGACCUGCAAGCUAAGAUUCUCUUAGGCUGCAUCUGAUCUCCUUGGGUACAUUUUGCAGAGUGGCAACGUUAGCACUGUCAUGGCAAGGGCGCCCUCUGCUGCUCUUGGGAGUCUUGGCACAUGCCCUAUCUUCCAAGAUCUUGCCAUCCUCUGGCGCCAGACCUGGAGACAAGUACCCUCAUUAUGCACCUCCACUGCUUGCUCCCAUUUUGCCUGGACGUAUAAAUUUUGUGUGUUUCCUCCCCCAGAACCAGAUACUGGGAAGACAUGCUUGUUGAAAGCCAUGCUGAACCUCCACAACGGCCGGAACGACACCAUCCCUCUCCUGCUGGAGAUUGCAGAGAAGACGGACAACCUGAAGGAGUUUGUGAAUGCCGAAUACACAGACAGCUACUACAAGGGUAAGGAGUGUGCGAUUGCCGUGGGUGGUGAGACGUGUAUGCAGCUAUUAACGGGGGCAGAGGGUGGAGACCGACUUUCCAGCUUACGGUUCUGCCUCCUCUUCAGGCCAAACCGCGCUGCACAUCGCCAUCGAGAGACGAAACAUGUACCUUGUGGACCUCCUGGUCAGGAACGGCGCCGACGUCCACGCGAAAGCCCACGGGGAGUUCUUCCAGAAAAUCAGCGGCAGGCCCGGGUUUUAUUUUGGUAGGCGCUGUCUUUGGAAGGGUCCUAGGUCUUGAGUUGGAUGGGGGCUGGCCGAGCCAGGAGGAGAGGCCGACAGAAGACCCCCAUGGAGGGACCCCGUGGGCUGGGAAGGUUUCUAGCUGGGUCAGGAGAGCCUGAGGAAGAGGAUCCAAACAUUAAAGCUUUGGGUAGAAACCACAACCUGAGCUCGAGUUCUCCACCUGGCAGGAGCCAGGGCAGGAUAGGAUACCUUGCUCCCUGCCCCCCUCAUGUGACUCUGAUGGUCCAUCGUUGUUCCCACCAGGUGAACUGCCGCUCUCUUUGGCUGCCUGCACAAACCAGCUCAACAUCGUGAAGUACCUUCUCGAUAACCCCUACCACCCGGCCAACAUUGCCACCCAGGAUUCCAUAGGCAACACUGUCCUCCACGCUUUGGUGGAGAUCGCCGACAACACGGAGGACAACACCAAGUUUGUUACCAAGAUGUACAACGACAUCCUCAUCCUGGGAGCCAGGCUCAACCCCACCCUCAAGCUGGAAGAUAUCGCCAACCGAAGGGGGCUGACACCGCUGACCCUGGCGGCCAAGACUGGGAAAAUACAGGUAGGUUGUGUGAGCUGCUCGAAAUGAUCAGGCACACUCAUUCCCAGUGCGCAGCUUGGAAGUCAUUUUGGACUCACGGCUGUCCAUGGAGGCGUAGGUUAAUUCUGUGUCCAGGGCAGCUGUCUACCAGCUCCAUCUGGUACACAGGCUGAGGCCCUCCCUGCCCAAAGACUGUCUGGCCAGAGUGGUGCAUGCUCUGGUUAUCUCCUGCUUGGACUACUGCAACAUGCUCUACGCGGGGCUACCUUUGAAAGUGACCCGGAAACUGCAUUUAAUCCAGAAUGCGGAAGCUAGACUGGUGACUGGGAGUGGCCACUGAGACCAUAUAACACCGGUCCUGAAAGACCUACAUUGGUUCCCAGUAUGUUUCUGAGCACAAUUCAAAGUGUUGGUGCUGACCUUUAAAGCCCUAAACAGCCUCAGCCCAGUAUACCUGAAGGAGCGUCUCCACCCCCAUCGUUCAGCCCGGACACUGAGGUCCAGCUCCAAGGGCCUUCUGGUGCUUCCCUCACUGCGAGAAGUGAAGCUACAGGGAACCAGGCAAAGGACCUUCUCGGUAGUGGUGCCCGCCCUAUGGAACGCCCUCCCACCAGAUGUCAAGGAAAUAAACAACUAUCUGACAUCUGAAGACAGCCCUGUUUAGGGAAGUUUUUAAGGUUUGAUGUUUUAUCGUGUUUUUAAUAUUCUGCUGGGAGCCGCCCAGAGUGGCUGGGUUGAAACCAAAGUGGCCCAGAUGUGGUAACCUUUCCUUUUUAAGCUUUGCAAGAGAAGCUUGAUUUGGUCCGCCAAGGUUUGAGAGAUAACAAAUGCAAGCUGAAUUCAGAACACAAAUCUCCCCAAAUGGUAAGUCCUACGUCUUUCCCCGGCUCCUUUCUUAUAGUGAUUUUUCCCCCUUAUGAUUUUAAAAUCAUAAAAUUUUGUAGUUGGAAAGAGCCCAUGAAUCAUCUAGUCCAUAUCCUUGCAAUGCAGAGGAAUCACAGCUCACCUGUUGACGCAGGGUCUUUGUGAGUGUUUCUGCUGGAAUUGUCCUGGGUUUGAUUCCCAGGAAUUAAAAAAGACAGAAUUAAAGACUUCCUGUGAAUCCCAAGUGCUGACUGGGGACAGGAGACUUCCUGUUUCCUCUCUGUAUGAUUUACUGUUUCUCCCUGGAAUCUAUAAAUAGUAUAGUAUAAAUAGUAUACUAUAAAUAGUAAAUUAUUAUUAUUAUUUGGCAACACCAACCAGCAAUCCAUCUGGAGAUCAGAGCUAGAUUAAUUUUGUCAGUUGCACAGCAUGGGAAUGGGGCUACCAGGGCAAUUGCCCUGGGCACAAAAAUGUUGAGGGGCACACCUUUGCAGCUGCCGCCCUGACAGGAUCUGCUCUCCAUCCUGUCUGCCUCACCUGGGCAGCGCGCCAAGCAGGAGCUGGGAAAGGAUGGGCCCUUGCAUCUCUCAGCUUCAUGCCAUCCCACCCACCCAGCCAGCCAGCGGGGGAGGCAGGGGGGUGGCGAGACUCAUGGUGACAGUGACGCCACAGCCCCAAGAGGCAUACACACACAUACACGCUGCUCUGCAGCUCUGUCCAGCAGUAGCAGCGCUGCAUGGAGGUGUCAGGGGGCGUAAUAUUUGUCUUGGGAAGGUAAAAUACUGAUCUUGCCCUGGCCGCUGGCAACUCAUGCUAUGCCACUGAUGUUGUGACUCAUUUUGCAGCGUCUGUGGCUCGAAACUCACCCUGCACUCACUUGGCGGUCUCAAGCCAGCCACUGUUCUUUCCGUCUGGGCUCCUGCGUCUGCAGAAUGGUGCUAAUAGCAUAGUAAAGGUAAAAGUAAAGGGACCCCUGACCAUUAGGUCCAGUCAUGGCUGACUCUGGGGUUGUGGCGCUCAUCUCGCUUUAUUGGCCGAGGGAGCCGGCGUAUAGCUUCCGACUAAGCUGCUUCUGGCGAACCAGAGCAGCGCACGGAAACACCGUUUACCUUCCCGCCGGAGCGGUACUUAUUUAUCUACUUGCACAUGAUGUGCUUUCGAACUGGUAGGUGGGCAGGAGCUGGGACCAAGCAACGGGAGCUCACCCCAUCACAGGGAUUUGAACCGCCGACCUUCUGAUCGGCAAGUCCUAGGCUCUGUGGUUUAACCCCCAGCGCCACCCGCGUCCUAAUAGCAUAGUAGCUAAUAGUAUAAUAGCCCCGCCUUGUUGUUGCAAGGCAGAGGUGCCCAAGCUUCUGUUGGCAUAUGUUUUCUGACUGAAAGCAUUCCAUUCUAGUUCUCAAAAAUAGUUUGGUUUUUUUAAAAGCUACAUAAAAACAACAGCACCGGUAGUACUCAACCCUGAGCGAGGUCACUGUUUGGUUUCGAAGGAGGCAUAUGAGGAACCGUGACUCAGGAAGGGAUGCAGCCGUCGCCUGAGACUGCAGCACCUCUGAGUCAAGAGUGACUGAAUGAUCUGAUUCCAGGGAGAAACAGUAAAUCAUACAGAGAGGUAACAGGAAGUCUCCUGUCCCCAGUCAGCACUUGGGAUUCACAGGAAGUCUUUAAUUCUGUCUUUUUUAAUUCCUGGGAAUCAAACCCAGGACAAUUCCAGCAGAAACACUCACAAAGACUCUGCGUCAACAGGUGAGCUGUGAUUCCUCUGCAUUGCAAGGAUAUGGACUAGAUGAUUCACGGGCUCUUUCCAACUACAAAAUUUUAUGAUUUUAAAAUCAUAAGGGGAAAAAAUCACUAUAAGAAAGGAGCCGGGGAAAGACGUAGGACUUACCAUUUGGGGAGAUUUGUGUUCUGAAUUCAUCUUGCAUUUGUUAUCUCUCAAACCUUGGCUGACCAAAUCAAGCUUCUCUUGCAAAGCUUAAAAAGGAAAGGUUACCACAUCUGGGCCACUUUGGUUUAGAGAAAAGGCAAGUAAGAGGAGAUAAGGUGGAAGUGUAUAAAAUUAUCAGCAGAGUGGAGAAAGCAGACAGAGAAAAGUUCUUCUCCCUCUCUCGCAAUAGUAGGACUUAGCGGGAUGUCCCAUGAAACUGAGUGUUGAAAUAUUCAGGACAGAGAAAACAAAGCGCUUCUUCACACAGAGCAUAGCUAAACUAUGGCUUUAAAAGAUGACGAGACACAGAGGACAAGGGUGCUGGUGGCUACUGGUCACAAUGGCCACGUUCUCCCUCUGCAGUCUGCCUCUGAAUUUCUGUUCCUGAGAAUCACAAGUGGGAAGAAGAGUUACUGCUGUCCCAGGUCCUGCUUGCAGGCAUCCCAUAAUGACCACUGUGAGAACAGGAUGCCGGGCCAGAUGGGCCCUCUAGAUGGGCCUGACCCUGUGGGUCUUUUCCUUGUGUUCUCAUGGCUAGGUCUUUGCGUACAUCCUCAGACGGGAGAUCAAGGAGCCGGAGUGUCGCCACCUGUCCCGGAAGUUCACAGAAUGGGCUUAUGGGCCCGUUCACUCGUCACUCUACGACCUGUCCAGUAUCGACACCUGCGAGAAGAACUCAGUCCUGGAGAUCAUCGCUUACAGCAGCGAGACGCCGGUAUGUCUGAGGCCUGAUUCCCUGGCCUCCAGUACCACAGCUUAGAGGUUUCUUUGAUGGCCCUCAGUGAGGUUAGGUUUAGGGAUGGGCCAAUCUGCCACAGUCCGCUUCCAGAUGUCCAGUUUGCAAUGUAUAUAUAUUUUAAAAUACCCUAAUGAAAAUUUGUCACCAUCAGGGCGAAUUCCUCCUACCAUACCCAGGGUCCCUUCCAACUCUACAAUUCUAUGAUUCUAUCCAACUUAGCUUAAUUUUUUGUGUGCAAUGCAUUUUGGUAUUUUAUUUUCACAUAUGCAUCUACAGCAUUACCCAGGUAUAAGCAUUACUCGGCUGGAGAACUGCUUUGAAAAAUCAGCCAUUUUUAUUUUUGAUCGCAGUCCUUUUGCCUUUUUAAUUUCCACUCUGCCCUUGGUUUUCUUCCGGUGGGGAGACUGGUCUAUUAAAGUGCAACGGGGGCAGCUAGCCCCCACCUGCCCGUCAUCUGACUUACAACCAGCCUAGCGCUUGACACUCCCUUUCACUGGCUCUGGCGCCCCCUGCUGUUGGCCUCCCUGCCUCCCACCCUACCGGUCUGCUUUCCUUCCCCCUUCCAGAACCGACACGAGAUGUUGCUGGUGGAGCCUCUGAACCAGCUCCUGCAGGACAAGUGGGACCGAUUCGUCAAGCACCUCUUCUACUUCAACUUCUUCAUUUACGCUGCCCACAUCGUCAUCCUCACCGUCGCCGCCUAUUACAGGCCAACGAAAAAGCACGGGGAGGUGGUUUAGCUUCGAGAUUCUGGGGUUUCUAGCUCUCUCUUUUUCAUACCAUCCCUUAUGGAUGGGGUUUCUAUGCCUUUUUGCUCCUGGAGUUCUCUUUACCUGCUGAAUUUCUUCCUGAUAUGGAGCUGUGAAAUGCCCCAGGGGUCAGGUUAGGUGGGAACAGGCGUGUGGGGCGUGUGUGCUAUUCCUUUUGAAGUGGGACCUGCAGGAAAACGGUCAAACAGGGUGCUCUUGGCCACACUGCCUGCCUGCCUGCCCCACCCUUUCCCAGGUACUCCAUUCCAUUUUGUCUCUCAGCUUCCACACACCCCCACCGAAUCAGUCAGCACUGCACAGUAAUCAUUGGGCUAUUUUUCAGGUGGGGGCCACUCUCCCCUUUUAAGGAUUUCCCCUCAAGAUCUUAUAUCCUUCUGAAACCUUGCAUGAGUUCCCUCAAGCCUCCUGAUACAGGAUAACAAGUCUUGUGCCAGGUCGCUAGAAGAAGAAUAAGAAGAGUUUUGGAUUUGAUAUCCCACUUUAUCACUACCCGCAGGAGUCUCAAAGCAGCUAACAAUCUCCUUUCCCUUCCUCCCCCACAACAAACCCUCUGUGAGGUGAGUGGGGCUGAGAGACUUCAGAGAAGUGUGACUGGCCCAAGGUCACCCAGCAGCUGCAUGUGGAGGAGCAAGGAAGCAAACCCAGUUCACCGGAUUACGAGUCCACCUCUCUUAACCACUACACCAGGGGUCUGCAACCCGCGGCUCCGGAGCCGCAUGUGGCUCUUUUACACCUUUGCCGCGGCUCCGGGGCGGAUACUAGCGAGGGGAGGAGGCGCAUUGUGCGCCCCGACACUCCCCACUGUGGCGGGCGCUGUACUGGCUGUGAUGUCGCAUGGGGGCGGUGCGUGCGUUAGCCACGCACCGUCCCGCCGUCACCUUACCGCCCGCUGUCAGAUCGCAGCUCCGGAGAUAUAUUUGUUUUAAAUGUUGCAAUGGUUUUGCGGCUCCCAGUUGUUUUUUCUUCGGAAACGGGUCCAAGUGGCUCUUUUUGUCUUAAAGGUUGCAGACCCCUGCACUACACCAUGCUGGCGCUGGCUCUCUAGUCUCAUGGUGUAGGCAGGGAUGAGCUAUCUUACUCUGGCAUUGCUCCUUAAGCCAGACUUGGUGCCCUCCAUUUAAGACCCUCACCAGCCUCAGAGUUGGGGAAGUCUACUUGAAGCACUACGCAUAUUUAUCAUCUCCUAAAACAAUGCCGUAAUUCAAUAGCGUGAUCCUAUGUGAGUUAUCUUGGGAAUGAAUAUGUUCAGUGGGACAUACACCUGGCUUAGUGGUCUUUACUCAUUACAACCUACAGUUAUUAUACUACAGGACAGGGACGGGGAGAGGCUGUACUGUGGCUCAGUUAUCCUGCCCCAGCAAAAAAUUAUCCCCCACUCCAAAGAUCUCCCCCAUUUUUGCAUUUAAAUAUAAAUAAAAAUGGGGUGGGCAGAGAAGUGGUUAAACCUCUCUGCUCUGCCUUCGGCUCUGUUGGGAUUGCAAACCACACACACACGCUCAUCAGAUCACUUAUUUUAUUAGCAAGGAGAGGGCAGUGGCUCCCUCUCCUGAGCUGAUAUGCACAGAUCAGCGGAGGAAGGUGGGAUGGCUGUGUCCUUUGUGAGUCCUGUACGUCCAGGGAGCGUGGGAAAGUGUGGAGUGACCAUGGUCACUGCUGGCGUUUCACCUUUAGAGGGCUGGCCAAGGGCAAAUGGGCCUACUUCCCCCCCAAAAAAUUAGCCACACUCAUUCCUCGUUCACAACCGGGUUCCGGCUUUUGACUCUCUAAAGUUGCACCCUUCUCGUCCACAGCCCCCGUUCGCCUUUAAUUACACGACCAACGAGUAUUUCCGAGUCACCGGGGAGAUCCUGAGUGUGUUGGGGGGUGCCUAUUUCUUCUUCAGAGGGGUAAGAACUUCACCAGAGUCUCUUAUGGGUGGGCAAAGGGUGUAGGUCCCGGGGGAACAUGUGCAUUUUUUCAGCAUGUGCCGUGGGGCCACCCCCUCUGGUCACUGCUCUCUGCCCUCCCUCUGAUCUGCCGCCCUGCACUGAGAGACAGAAACAGAGAAAGCGCUCACACACAAACGCACAAAUGCUUCACUUUCCCAGGGAAUCUGGGUAAAGGUCAGAUCCUGAUUAAUCUGAGCCUUGGAAAUCCCAUAGAACUGGAAAAGGAAGUGGGAAAGAGCAGUACUCUUCCAACUUCCUCCCUUUGUUCUAGGGCACUGUAACUGGUUCUGCCGCACUGGGAGCUGAGGCCAGGGGGUUGCACUCCUAUUUGUCCAUAUUUUACACAAACUGUAUCUGUGGCUUGUGGUUCUAUAUUCAGCCAUGGGAGAGCAUUCCAGAGACAGGGAGCCAUUGCAGAGAAGGCCCCGUUCUCGUGUUAGUCUAAGGCCAUUAAAUGAGUUUCAUGGCUAAGGCUCCAAUCCCAGUCUACUGGGAAGACAGUGUAUCGUCUCUCUGGAUGAAUUUCUUGUCCUUUCUCAUUCAACAAUACAUUAGGAAGGGAGCGUGGCUCACUGGUAGUGCACAUCCUUUGCAUGUUGUCUGGGUUAGGGUAGGUCAUUUUAUUGUGCAUCUGCGUGAGGGGCGGUGGCGGUAAAAGGCUUUACGGGUUUUUGUUGGACUGAAGCUCUUUUCACACCAACCUCUUAUUUAUUCUCCUGCCUUUUUUUCAGAUCAAGUAUUUUAAGCAGAGACAGCCAUCCCUGAAAGCAAUAUUUACGAACAGCUACAGUGAACUUCUCUUGUAAGUGUGGUAUAACCAGCCUUAUAUAACCAACAUGUUUACGUCUAAUUAACACAUGAAGGGGUUAAUUCCAUAGAGUAAGCUGUCCUGUCAGGUUUAGCAUUGUCCCUCACCUUGGGUAUAAUGAGGUAACCAAGCCUUUCUUCUCCUCCCAGUCUACCUGAGAAGCUUAGCAUGUUAAGAGGUUUUGAGGUGCUUGCUGCAGCUCAGACCACGUGGCUCUUACAAGCCUCUCUUGAGUUUCCAUACCAAUAAUUUGGGAACUUUCACCACUUGGCCAAGUUUUAUCUGCCUAUGAAACUUUUCUGACAUAUGGAAAACAGCAUGAAGCUGACCUUUGAAGGGUUUGUAAGUAAACCAGUUUUUAACUUACCAAACGUGGUCUUUUCCUAUUCUGAGUGCAGUUUUGGAACUCUCAACAACAUAUUGUAAAGGUAUCUAACAGAUUGUAUUUCCACAUUUUACUUUGCUGCAUGUUUUGGGAUUUUAAAUCUCUGCUGGGAUUCACUCACCAAAGGGCACCUGGAACUUGGCAUCCAGGGAAUUCUCAUUUCUUUUUGCCAGUUUUUCCUUGAACCAACAGUAGACAUCCCUUUUACGUGUUUUAAAGUGAGUGGCAGUGUGGUGUAGUGGUUAGAGCGUUGCACUAGGAAGACCAGGGAUCAAAUCUCCCAAGCUUGACUCCUCCUGUUGCCCACUCAGCUUCAUCCACUCUGUCCUGAUCCUGGGCUCAGCGAUCCUGUACUUCAGCAAGCAAGAACUCUAUGUCAUCCUCAUGGUCUUCGCCUUGGCCCUGGGCUGGACCAACCUGCUCUAUUACACUCGUGGCUUCCAGCAGAUGGGGAUUUACUCAGUCAUGCUGGAGAAGGUCAGUCUGGGAUAACAGGGGCAAUGGGUAGCAGAGGCUAGUCCCUUGGGGCGAAGGGUUCACUGCAUGAGCCCACCCUCAUCCAGUUGGGUCCUGGUUCUCUCUUCCCACUCACCCUUCCACCUCUUUUUUGCAGAUGAUGCUGAGAGACCUGUGUCGUUUCAUCGUGGUGUACCUCCUUUUCCAUUUGGGCUUUUCGACAGGUAACGGAGUGACUGUUUUGGAUUCUUUUUGGUGGGGUUGGAGAGAGGACGAAAGCGAACAACUACAGACGUGUGCUGGUGCUGCAAAAGCUGGGUGGGUUAGUUCAGAGAUGGGGGAGAAACUGGCUUGGGAUCUACCAGUACAAUUUGCAAGAAGAUCAGCAAGGCUUUUCCAGUUCCCAAUUUCCCCAGAGACCGAAGUGACAUUUGCACUGUUCUCAGAACAUCCCAGUCACCAAGGAGAAAUGGCUGGUAAUAAUAAUAAUAAUAAAUUUUAUUUAUACCCCGCCCUCCCCAGCCGAAGCUGGGCUCAGGGCAGCUAACAACAAUCAAAAUAAUCCAACAUUCUAAAAACCUUUCAUUAUAAAAAUUAAUUAAAAUCAAAUUGAUGGCAACCAUUAAGCCAAAUUCUGUGCAGAUUGCCAGAGGAGGGGGUCAGGCUGCGCCCUGACCAAAGACCUGGUGGAACAGCUCUGUCUUACAGGCCCUGUGGAAAUAUGUCAGGUCCCGCAGGGCCCUAGUAUCUUGUGACAGAGCGUUCCACCAGAUCGGAGCCACGGCCGAGAAAGCCCUGGCUCUAGUUGAGGCCAGCCUAACCUCUCUGUAGCCUGGGAUCUUCAGGAUGUUUUUAUUUGCAGACCGUAAGUUUCUCUGUGGGGCAUACCAGGAGAGGCGGUCCCGUACGUACAAGGGUCCUAGGCCGUAUAGGGCUUUAAAGGUUAAAACCAGCACCUUAAACCUGAUCCUGUACUCCACCGGGAGCCAGUGCAGCUGGUAUAGUACCGGAUGAAUGUGAUCUCGCAGCGAAGACCCCAUAAGGAGUCUCGCCGCGGCAUUCUGCACCCGCUGGAGUUUCUGGGUCAGUCUCAAGGGCAGCCCCACAUAGAGUGAGUUACAAUAAUCCAGUCUGGAGGUGACCGUCGCGUGGAUCACAGUGGCUAGGUCAGGGCGAGAGAGAUAAGGAGCCAACUGCUUAGCUUGGCAGAGAUGAAAAAAUGCCGCCUUUGUUAUAGCUGUAAUCUGCGCCUCCAUAGAGAGGGAGGUAUCGAAGAUUACACCCAAACUCUUAACGGACGAUGCUGGCACUAAUUGCACCCCCGCAAGAGAUGGGAGUUGCCCCCUCAAUCCCAUAUCGUCCCGUCCCAGCCAGAGGACCUCUGUCUUCGAAGGAUUUAACUUCAACCGGCUCCCACGUAACCAUCCAGCCACAGCUUCCAGACAUCUGGUCAGUGUGUCUGGGGCCGAGUCAGGAUGGCCAUCCAUCAACAGAUAGAGUUGGGUGUCAUUGGCAUACUGAUGGCAACCCAGCCCAAAACUCCAGACAAGCUGGGCGACGGGGCGCAUAAAGAUGUUAAAAAGCAUCGGGGAGAGAAUCGCACCCUGAGGCACUCCACACACCAAGGAGUGGCGCGAUGACAAUUCCCCCCCCCCCAAGCGCCACCCUCUAUCCCCAACCAGAGAGAAACGAGCGCAGCCAUUGAAGGACUGUGCCCUGGAUCCCCACGUCGGCAAGGCGGUGGUCCAGGAGUUCGUGAUCGACCAUGUCGAAGGCUGCUGACAGGUCUAGAAGAAUCAGCAGCCCCGACCCGCCUCGAUCCAGCUGCCUGUGGAGAUCAUCUGUUAGGGCGACCAGAGCCGUCUUGGUCCCAUGACCAGCGCGGAAGCCGGACUGGAAUGGAUCCAGAGCCGAUGUUUCAUCCAGAAACCUGCCAAGCUGUUCAGCAACUGCUCUCUCAAUCACCUUACCCAGGAAUGGAAGAUUAGAAACCGGGAGGUAAUUGGAUAGAUCUAAGGGAUCUAAUGAUGUUUUCUUUAAGAGCGGGCACACCACUGCCUCCUUCAGUUCUCCUGGGAAUAUCCCAGUGCCAAGGGACAAAUUGAUGAUAUCCCCCAGGAGGGCCCGCACCUCAUCUGGACACGCUCUAAUCAGCCAGGACAGGCACGGGUCGAGAGGACAGGUGGUGGGCUUUCCAGCUCGGAGGAGUCUGUCCACAUCGGCUGGGGAUAUCCGGUCAAAGUGGUCCAAUACUGGACCCAAGGACAGUCGAGGGGCCUCCAGUUCCUUUAUUGUAUCCAAAUUGGCAGGGAGGUCAUGGCGGAGCAACAAGACCUUCUCCGCAAAAAAGCUCGCAAAUGCCUCACAGCUGUGUGUCAAAUUGUUAUUUAAAUUUGGCUGUCCUUCAAGGGACGUUAAAGACCUAAUUAUACUAAAUAAUUGUGCUGGGCGAGAGCUAGCGGAGGCAAUGGAGGCCGAGAAGUAGGACUUCUUAGCGGCCUUCACCGCCAUCUCGUAGGUUUUCAUAAAAGCCCUAUAAGAUGUUCUUGAGGCUCCGUCACGGGCACCCCGCCAUACUCGCUCUAGCCGUCUGAGGUCCCGCUUCAUUUUCCGAAGCUCCUCGGUAAACCAGGGAGCCCGGUUUCUGCAGGGUCGCAGAGGGCGCCUAGGUGCAAUCUCAUCGAUGGCUGCUAGGAGCUGGAUAAAUAAAUAAGUAGAGGCAAAUUUGUCCAUUUAUCAUUCUUCUCACUCUUCAGUUCACUUCUUCACAUUUCCCAUCAGUUUGCAAUUAUUAUUUUUAUGCCCGCUUCCCCCCCAGUAAGUGUGAUUUUGAACAGAAUGCUUUGCUGAAGAACUGCAUUGCAAGGGACGAUUCUGAAAGCCGGCUGUAUUGCGGUUGGUGAAGGGCUUUGCAAAAUGUGGAUUAAGUACUUUUGCCUUGGAAUGUGAACUGAAUUGGGUUACUUCCUCGUUCCCUAGCUGUCGUGACCCUCAUUGAGGAGGACGACGAGCUGCUGGCACAGAACCAAACUCACAGUACCUGUCAAUCAAAGUGCCGACCCUCCUACAACAACUUCUACUCCACCUGCCUAGAGCUUUUCAAGUUCACGAUUGGGAUGGGAGACUUGGAGUUCACAGACAGUUACCACUUCAGGUUUGCCUCCCCGCUCCCCUUUUCUUUUAACGCAUGUAAACUAUUUUGUUCUGACGUUUUCAGACUUAUGUGAACAGUUCUGGCCGCCUCGUCUCAGACAGGAUAUUGUAGAGUCGGAAAAGGUUCAACUGAGAUGGUCUAAGGGGUGGAGCAAACUCCCCUUUGGAGAAAAGGUUGCAGAGUUUGGGACUUUUUAGUUUAGAAAAAAGGUGCGUCCAGUGAAGCUGAAUGUUGGAAGAGUGAGGAGACAUAAAAGGAAGCGCUUUUUCACACAGCGCAGAAAUUAUGGAACUCACUUCCACAAGAAGCAGGGAUGCCCACCAACCUGUAAUAAUAAUUAUUUAUUAUUCAUACCCCGCCCAUCUGGCUGGGCUUCCCCAGCCACUCUGGGCGGCUUCCAACAGAAUAUUAAAAUACAGUAAUGCAUCAAACAUUAAAAGCUUCCCUAAACAGGGCUGCCUUCAGAUGUCUUCUAAAAGUCUGGUAGUUGUUGUUCUCUUUGACAUCUGGUGAGAGGACGUUCCACAGGGCGGGUGCCACUACCGAGAAGGCUCUCUGCCUGGUUCCCUGUAGCUUUUCUUCUCGCAAUGUGGGAACCGCCAGAAGGCCCUCAGCACUGGAUCUCAGUGUCCGGGCAGAACAAUGGGGGUGGAGACGCUCCUUCAGGUAUACUGGACCGAAGCCAUUUAGGGCUUUAAAGGUCAACACCAACACUUUGAAUUGUGCUCGGAAACGUACUGGGAGCCAAUGUACUGUAGGUCUUUCAAGACGGUGUUAUGUGGUCUCGGCAGCCGCCCCCAUUCUCCAGUCUAGCUUCCGCAUUCUGGAUUAAUUUCAGUUUCCGGGUCACCUUCAAAGGUAGCCCCACGUAGAGCGCAUUGCAGUAGUCCAAGCGGGAGAUAACCAGAGCAUGCACCACUCUGGCGAGCCAGUCUGCGGGCAGGUAGGGUCUCAGCCUGCGUACCAGCUGGAGCUGGGAGACAGCUGCCCUGGAUACAGAAUUGACCUGCACCUCUAUGGACAGCUGCGAGUCCAGAAUGACUCCCAGGCUGCGCACCUGGUCCUUCAGGGGCACAGUUGCCCCAUUCAGGAUCAGGGAGUCUUCCACACCUGCCCGCCUCCUGUCCCCCCAAAACAGUACUUCUGUCUUGUCAGGAUUCAGCUUCAAUCUGUUAGCCGCCAUCCACCCUCCAUCUGCCUCCAGACACUCACACAGGACCUUCACCACUUGUAGGCUUUGAAAGAGGAUUAGACAAAUUUAUGGAGAAGUGACUACCGAUGGCUACUAGCCAUGAAGGCUCUUCUCUUCCUCCACAGCUGAAGGCAGCAAUGCUUCUGAAUGCCAGUGGCUGGAAACCACAGGAGGGGAGAGGGCUGCUCUUGUGUUCGAAUCCUGCCUGCUAGUUUCCCCACAGACACCUGGUUGGCCACUCUAAGAACAAGAUGCUGGGCUGGCUAGCCAUUGGCCUGAUCCAGCAGGCUCUUCUUGUGUUCUAAUAAGAAUGCGUGCAAUUACAAAAAGUUAAUAUAAAUCAUUAAAACCUGGGGGGGAACCUCAUAAUAGAGUAAAUACAUCCUUAAUUGUUCAGAGGCAGUGGGGCAGGAGAGGGCAUUCUCUGUGGUAGCCCCUAAGCCACAUAACUCCCUCUCCACAUACGUGCAUCCAGCAUUUGACACUUGAGAGAUGCGUUUCAGGAUCCAACCUAUUUCUGUGGUUGUAAUUUGUUUUUUUUUAAAUGUUUUUAAUACUGAAUUUUAAAUUGUUGUAAGCCGCCCUGGGACCCGCUGGUGAAGGGCACAUCUGAGUAGUUGGUAGUAGUAGCAAUAGUAAUUGAUAUAACCAAUUUAUUUGCAUCAGUUGCCCCAAAUUGUAAAGAAUAACUACUGAAGUUAUAGGAAACACUUACAAUUUAUAAUACAGUGGUACCUCGGGUUAAGAACUUAAUUUGUUCCGGAGGUCCGUUCUUAACCUGAAACUGUUCUUAACCUGAGGUACCACUUUAGCUAAUGGGGCCUCCCGCUGCCGCCGCGCGAUUUCUGUUCUCAUCCUGAGGUAAAGUUCUUAACCUGAGGUACUAUUUCUGGGUUAGCGGAGUCUGUAACUUGAAGCAUCUGUAACCUGAAGCGUCUGUAACCCGAGGUACCACUGUAAUUAAGAGUGCUGUUUUCGUAUACACCCUAAAUCAUCUUCAGUUCCUUUUCAUCAGUUCAACCAAAUUACAAACUAUGGACAUCAAACCUUUAACUUAACAGGAGAUCCUUGUGAUUUAUAAGUAUAAAAUGUGCUGUUCUGAACUCCCUCCCUCCCUCUGUCUAUCUUUCUUAUGGACCUGUUUGCCCAGGGCAUUCACACAGUUACCUGUAUUUCCUAAUUUUGCCGUUAGUUUCACUACCUUUAGUUCCCCACGCUUCAGGUCAGUCUUCACCAUCCUGUUGGUGACUUACGUCAUAGUCACGUACAUCCUCCUCCUCAACAUGCUCAUCGCCCUGAUGGGAGAAACGGUCAACAAGAUUUCUCAGGAGAGCAAAAGCAUUUGGAAGCUCCAGGUGAGUCCGGCUUCUGAUCAGCGUCUCGGCCUCGGUGUGUCUGUGAUAGGAAUUUUGAGAUCUUAGAUAUAUGAUAAUGUUCAUAACCGCACGUACAUAGAUCAGCACAGGAAGACCGACCUGAAGCCAUUUUGAUUUCUAAACUGAGCAAACGUUUUCUCUGCAAGGUCAAAGUGGGAAACCUCCCCAUUGUCUUUUCCUUCACAAAUCCUGUCUUAAGGGUAUGUCUGUGUUUGAAUAGGGUGUGAGCCUGUGACCUGGCUCAGGAACUAAGUACUUAUCACUACAAAAGACUGGCCAGGCUCCCCAGGAAAUCCAAUCAAGUAACCUGCCAGACAGGAGAUGAACAACAACAGGAGAAAAACAAUAUUCAAAUUUCUGUUUUAGACUGCCUUUUCUGUGAUGUAGGUGUGAUGUAUCUGAGGGGUGGUCUUAGGUUACACCCCUUCUGUGAUGUAUGUAUGAUGUUUCUGGGGGUGGUCUUGAUCUACAGGGUGGCAAUUUCAAAAGUCUUUAUAAGACCUUGCAUGCCAUUUUUCUGGGUUCCUCCUCUCUCCUGCUUGUGAGGGGAGCACCCUGUUGCAACAGAUCAAUAAAGAUCAAGCUUACUAGCUGCUUUGCUUCUCAAUAUUCUCUGGUUGGCCUCUGUUAUUCUCUCCUACCAAUAGGGAACCUAUGUAAGGACUCUGUAUGGGCUCUUGGAUACCCCAUAAGGGAAAAGGGCAAUUUUUGUUUGCAACAUGUCUUUGCUGAGUGAGUUCAGCCAGCCUUGGGUUAGGGUCGGGAGGCUCUGGAAAACGCAGGAAUUAAGAGUCUCAGGCUUUACCAACUCAGAUAUAUAUAUAUAUUUCCACCCAGAGAGCCAUCACCAUCUUGAACAUCGAGAACAGCUAUUGGAACUGCAUUGUCAACUCCUUCCGAUCUGGGAAACAAGUUCUGGUGGGGACUACUCCGGACGGGAAAAACGAUUACCGCUGGUGCUUUAGGUAAUUCUGGUUCCCCUCUCUGUACGCCUUGGGAUGACAAGGAAAUAGAGGCUGUCAGGCCAAGCCAAAACAUCCCACCCACCACCUGCCAAUUACCCACCACCCGCCAAUUCUGUGGUCCCAUUCUCAGGCUGCAAAAUUGUGGCCAUGGACAGGUAAGAACUUUUGAAGCUUUUCAGGGACUGGGUGUGUGGAAGUUGCCAGCCCUCCUCACAGCUCUGGUCAGCUGGCAAGUCACCCUUUUGUAUUCCCCAGAAAGCCCUGCCUGCUUGAGAUUCUUGGAGUCACGUGUUUACACUGUUCUGGGUUGUAGCAAACUGUUUGCUAAUGGUAACAGGAAGUGACGGUGUAGCAGUAAAUUUUGAAGUACAAGAGCUCAUCUUGAGAGACAUAUCCUGCAUAGCUACAUCCUCAAGGAAGUUCUGUUGCCAACCCCUCUCCAAACAGCAUAAAAAAAAUUUGCAGGCAUCUGUGUUAUUUGUAUAUUUACACACAGAUAGCCAAAAAGUGUAUAGUGCAUUUUCCUGACAUGGUACCCAACUGAUUUGGACCAGCAUCACUACAAUCCUAGUUUCCUGGGAGCAAAUGCCCUUGUAAAACACAUUUGCGCUUCAACAAAAGAUCUUCUGCCAGCUGAAAUGCAAUGCUUAGCCUUUAUUAGAAAGCCAAACAUGUGAACCACUAGCAUGAAGCAGGGACUCCAUGAAAGGAAAGGAAAGCUGUAUCCAGCCUCAGCCUGAGCACAUCUGAAGGCAGCCCUGUUUAGGGAAGUUUUUAAUGACUGAUGUUUUAAUGUAUUUUUAGUCUUUUGUUGGAAGCCACCCACAGUGGCUGGGGAGACCCAGCCAGAUGGGCAGGGUAGAAAUAAUAAUAAUAAUAAUAAUAAUAAUAAUAAUAAUAAUAUAUUAUUAUUUUCCUCAUUCUCUGGUUUCUGCCAUGCUCAUCCGUCCCAUUAUCUCCUCAUUAUCUCCCCAUUCCUCACUGCCAUCAGUGGUCUGUCAAUUCCCCUGAUGGAUGAUGUAAUUGCUCCUGUUCUGUCAAAAAAAGAAGUAGCAGUCUCAGAGCUGGGCUGCCCCCCCACAUUCCCUCCCCAACUGCGUUGCUGCUAGGGGGAGACCUGACCACGUUUGCUUCUCCUGAACAGGGUGGAUGAGGUGAACUGGUCCACAUGGAACACCAAUCUGGGCAUCAUCAACGAAGACCCUGGUGGAUACAGCGAGGAGCUGAAACGGAACCUGAGCUUUUCUUUCAAAUAUGGGAGAGGUGAGGAAAUAUAUUCCUUGUGACUGGGCGGUGGGAGCCUUUUGCAAACAGUACAUUUUUCCAGAGUGAAUGGAGCCCAGGUGUUACUCAGUUGAUGUUCUCUGCGGUGGGGGGACCCCAAGGAACUACCUGGUGUGGACUGAGCAUGCUCAGUGUGCACAGAAUGCUGGUUGUGGGAGGGACAGAAAACUAGGUGGAGUGGUGGGGGAGAGAAUGGAAUGGAGUUUCCUAGAGAAGGGUAUGGCUGGCAGAACCUAGUAAACAGGGGUGCUGUACACUGCUUUUAAUUGUUGGUCUUGUGGCGAGAAAGGCUAUUGGUGUGAGUAGGGGGGAAAGGUUAUAUAGGUAGGUAUCUCUGCAAGGAAAACUGGGAGGUAAGAGGUGGAGCCGGAGAAACUGUGUGCUGUUCAUAUUUUGUUCUUUUUAAAUGCCACUGCCAGCUGCACUGAGCUCAGCCACGUUUCUGGAAAAUCGGCGCGCAAGUGUCAAAUCGAAACAAAAGCCAAUCCCCGUGUCAGUUUCAGGGAAAAACUGGAAGACCUUGGUCCCAAUCCGGAGAGAUGGAAAACGAGAAGGGUCGCUCAAGCCCAUUUCGGAAGACGGCACGGAUUCAGAAGAGCAAGGCCCCCGGAAGAAAUCUCUCCCCAAGUUUGUCCACUUUUUUUGGUCUCUCUUCAUCUUCUGCAAGGUUUUUAAUUCUAGAAACGAGGAAAUUGGAUGUAGGCAAAAAAUGCCUUUUUAAUCGUUAGAAGGAUACAGGCAAACAGUGGGUCAAAUACCUUUUCUCCAUGGGGCCUGAUUUCGGGACGACAGGUUGCUGGUUGAUGAAUACAAUACCCCUAAACAUUUUUUAAAAAAUUGCAAGCUAAGUCUCCUAAUAUAUUUAGGGUAGAGAUGGGGACCUCCACCAGGAUCCAAAUAUGGCCUCCCAGGCCUCUCUAUCUGAACUUUAAAAAUGAGAAACUGGGAGAAACCGAGGAUUUGUGCCCCACCUCCCUGGCUAGAAUCCUUCUCUGAGUGAGACCCUAGAGUCAUAGAACUGUAGAGUUGGGAGGGACCCCAAGGGGUCAUCUAGUCCAACCCCUGUAAUGCAGGAACCUUGGAGGGCUGCUGCCAGCCAGUGUAGGCAAUACUGAGUUAAGGUGGAUGAAUCUAUCAGUUGUGGUUUAUCUCCGUUUCUUGUUUUUCCCGUCUCGAGUUCAAUUAAGCUCCCUACAUUCAGGUGGAUUUAAAUGGCACAUUAAAAUUUAUACUUAUUUUGAUCCUGGGUGGGGGCAGAGGGUGUGUGUGGGGGAGCCCCUUAAAAUUAUUCUAAUUGUACACUUCUGUUUGUUUCAUUUACAGCCCUGUCUUAUGAUUUUGGGAAGCUGCUGAAUCAGUGGAAGAAUCUCCCCGCCAAACCUUCUGUUAUGUUGUGGCAAAAAAUGUGUGUGUGUAUAUAUGUGUGUAUGUGUAUGUGUGUGAGAGAGAGAGAAAGAGAGAGAGAGAGAGAGAGAGAGAGAGAGAGAGAGUUGUUAAACAAGCGUCC